AAUGACAAUUGUCCUGACAAGAAUUGAUGCUAUUGGAAAAACAUUACAAUUGCAACCUCAAGAUUUAAAUGAAGAUUCAUUUGAUGCCACAGGGGACCUUGACACCAACAAAAAUUACCAUCAAUCCUUUGAAAUUAUAAGGGGAGGAAGGAAGAAAGGGAAAGACAUUCAAAUAGGGGUGAAACUGUACCUGAGUCAAAUCAUAGCUAUUUUGGGUGAAACCAUACCCAUGAAAUUCUAG